AUGUGGAUUGGCAACCAUCUGUCGACCACAUCAUUUCAUAAGGACCACUAUGAAAAUCUCUACGCUGUGGUGACAGGCCAGAAGCAUUUCCUGCUCCUUCCUCCCACUGAUGUGCAUCGUAUGUACAUCCGCAUGUACCCAGCUGCCCAAUAUUCAUAUUCUCAUGCCACCGGUGAGUUCACAUUGGAACUAGAGAAGCCAGAUAGAUAUGUGCCGUGGUGCAGUGUCGAUCCUUACCCUUCUCCUGAGGACAGAGAUAAGCAGCUCUCCAACUUUCCUUUGUAUUUUGAUGGUCCUAAGCCUUUUAGCUGUACUCUCAACCCUGGAGAUAUUCUAUACUUGCCAAGUAUGUGGUUUCAUCACGUUAGACAAAGUCCAGAUAGCAGAGGACGCACUAUUGCUGUGAACUACUGGUAUGAUAUGCAGUUUGAUAUCAAGUAUGCUUACUUCAACUUCUUGCAAUCAAUUCAUUGCCUAUCAAUUAAAACUCCAACACUACCCGUGACAGUGCAUGAGGAUUUAGAUUCUGAUGCUUAG